CAGCUGUGGGCUGUAAAAAUGGAAUUAAGUGCUUGCGGUGGCAGAGUGACUAGACUCAGCUGCUUUACGACCAAUGAAUGACCACCCAAUCUGUCACUGUAGAGGCCAGAUGGGCACAUGACUAAUUGGUUAAAAACAUGGUUGGCACAUGGCUGUGGUAUGUGCCAACCAGCGAGGAAACACAGAAGCUUGCGGGGUGAGUUUGACUCCCAGGUCCCCCUUCACCAUCUCAGUGAGGGUGUAUACCCCAAGAAUAACUACGUCAAUGACAACAAGACUCAGAACAAACAGCACCAUCGCAUAGUCUUGCAGAAAGGUCUAUCAGAGGAACCUUCAAGCCGAGGGGUUUGUUGAAGAUGAGCCAGACUCUAAUCAUCUUGAUGAGGAUUGUGCCGUAGCAGAGGGAAUAGCCAAGAGAAGUCAGCCAGGGAUUGAACUGUGGAGGAA